AUGAGCCUGACAAUCGAAGGAUCAACCGGAAAACCGUUCAACGAAUCGUUAAUCUCUUAUCUUCAGCAUUUCGGGCUCGACAACAAGCAGAUCAAGGCGACGACGGCGAGAAGGAUUCAAUUCUCGAAAGUCGUCUUCGCCAUGUACAGCUCGAGCAACCAUUUUGGCGAGAGCCGCUACACGCUUCACGAAUUCCGGAAGCGCUUCAACAACACGAUCAUCUACUAUGAUCUGGGGCUCCAUGUUGCACAGAGACGUGAGGUGAGCGGCGUGUGCAACCUGUUCAUCCGCCACCUGAACUUCUCCCACUACCCGGCCCAUGUGAAACGGUUGCACAGCUACGCCUUCAAGGUGGUCAUUGCCGCGGAAAUGCUGAGAGACUUUGACGCAUUUUGGAUGGUGGAUACGUCAGCCCCAGACUUUUUGAUGGGCCAAAAAGUGGGAAAACAAUUGAAUUACACGCAUAAAGGAAUGUUCGAAUACCUUCCAUUUCCUGGAAAAUACCACGAUGAUGUGCAGCGGGAAGCUGUCCUAUUUCUGCGACGGAGUGCGGUUAGUAAGACGGCGAUGAAAUGGUUGCUACUUUGUGCAUUGACAAAGGAAUGCAUUGCACCGCCGGGGUCUACCGUUGUUUGUAUGAAAAAGGGGGUUUCUGGAUGUCAUCGAUACGACCAAAGCGCGAGUAAUCUAAUAAGAGCUAUGCUGCUACGGCCAAACCCCCGACACUUCAACUACCUACACAGAUGUGCAAAAGUGGAGCGAGGACUCUGGCGGAAAGAGCCAUUAGCCAAGGGUUUAUGCGAA